UCAAAACGUAAACAAAAAAUCCCAGGAUUUCUCGCCCGCGGACGACCCCGAGCGCGAUGCAAACUCCGCUGUACAAAUUCUCGCCGGACGAUUACGCGGCCGUAUACGAACCGGCCGAGGACAGCUUCCUGCUGCUGGACGCGCUGGAGGAUGAGCUGGAGGCGAUCCGUGCCCUGCGCCCGCUGGUUUGCCUCGAGAUUGGGCCCGGCAGUGGCAUCAUAAUUUCCGCCCUGGCGAAGGUGUUGGCCAACGGGGCGCUGUUCCUGGGCGUGGACAUCAACCCGAAGGCGUGCCGGAUGACGGCGCGGACGCGCGAGAUGAACGAGUGCCCGGUGGAUGUGGUUAAUAUGGAUCUGGUUGGGGGGUUCGUUCCGGGGGUGGUGGAUCUGUUGGUGUUUAAUCCGCCGUACGUUCCGACCUCGGAGGAGGACUGCCCGAAGGAGCUGGAGGAGCACAUUGGGCAGUUUGGCGAGGGGUUGCAUGAUCUGGUGAAGUCUUGGGCGGGUGGGUGUGACGGGAUGGCCGUGACGAACCGGGUGCUGGCCACGCUGGACCGGAUUUUGAGCCCGGACGGAGUGUUUUACUGUCUGCUGGUGAAGGAGAACAACCCGGAGGACGUGAUUGGGAGGUUGGCCAGAGAUGGAUUUGAGGGGAGGGUGGUUAAGGAAAGGAAGAUUAGGGGAGAGCAUCUUUUUGUUCUAAAAAUAGUGAGAAAUAAACGAUAAUUUAAGGAUUUAUUGUGUUCACAUUUUGUAAUAUAUUUUUUUUAUUACUUUAGUAAAAUGGGAUUUGUUUUAUUGUAUAUACACUUAACAUACAGAGAAAAUUAAAAUAACUUUUACACAAGACAGAAAUUUUGUUUUUCCCUUACAUUAUCUCUCGUAAUUUUGUUCGCAUUGUUUUACGUACUACAUUGUAACUGUAUCUUCUAUUGAUUAUUUUACAUACUUUCAAGAGAGAAAAUAAACAUAAUAAAAAGAAACGCAUUCUUUGCCCGUUUUGAUCUCGCUAAAUUUACACUCAGAAUUUGUUCCGUUCUCGUACUGCUUUCCUUGCUCCGUAUCCACAAAUAUACAAAUAAAGGGUUUUAUUUUACGUUUCUGCUUUGUAACAUUGAACAACAACUUAUAAAAGAGAGAAAAAACAUAUAAAUAUUUGCGAUCGUUAAACUUG